AUGCUAACGUCUAUACUGGCUGCUUUGGCAGCUGCUCUCACAAGCUCGCUGAGCAUCGCCGCUCCGGUCACGGACAGGUCAUUUGUUGAAUAUCCGGAUCAGAUGACUAACGGUACUGUCUAUUCCAUCAGUCCAUUCUCUCCAAAGGUCUUCGUUCGAACUGAUGAAUUUGAGCUGAAUUUUAAAUCUUGCAUUGAGUUCUCCUACAAACUCAUGGAGAAUAAAGUUCGUCUUCGUGCAUACACCUGCUUGCUGUCUGAGGGUGGUUUCUGUACUCUCGAUAAAUUCGCCUAUCCUAAAGACAAAGAAGGAUGUGCUUAUUUACGUCCAUGGCUCUAUGCACACGACAGGUAUUCGUUCUAUUUUGCACUAGAACGUCGUCCACGGAGAUACCGUAUCGGUAAAAAGAAGCCCCAUCGGAUGUGGAAACGAAAUGGCCAACUAUCGGCCACUCCUUUUGGACAACUUGAACUCAAAGGAAUCGUGCCAUGUGAUCAGGUGUGUGGUAAAAACACGGUCGAUAAUCGUACCGGUUAG